GCCCCGCCCAGCCCAGCCCAGAAGUCUCUCGGAGUUGCAGUGUUUGAUUGCUCUGGCUUCCCGUAGCGGCGUGCCUUGAGGUUGGAGGGUAGUGCUUCCGGGCCGCAGCCUAGGACGCCUCCACGGCGGUGCCUGGAUAGCAUGGCCGUAUUCCGCUCAGGCCUCCUGGUGCUGACAACGCCGCUGGCCACCCUGGCCGCACGCCUGCCUCCCAUCCUGACCUCGGCGUCCCGCCUGGUGAAUCACACCCUCUAUGUGCACCUGCAGCCGGGCAUGCACCUGGGGGGACCCGCUCAGCCCCAGGCCAGCCCUGUGCAGGCCACAUUUGAGGUUCUGGAUUUCAUCACACACCUCUACACUGGUGCCGACCUGCACAGGCACCUGGACGUCAGAAUUCUCCUGACCAAUAUCCAAACCAAGAGCACCUUUCUCCCUGUGCUGUCCUCAGUUCAGAAUCUGGCCCACCCUCCAGAAGUAGUUCUGACGGACUUCCAGACCCUGGAUGGGAGCCAGUACAACCCUGUUAAACAACAGCUAGAGCGUUAUGCCACCAGCUGUUACAGCUGUUCUCCACAGCUGUCUUCCGUGUUGCUGUAUCCGGAUUAUGGGACUGGAGAGCUGCCUUUGGAACCCCCGAAUGCCCUCUUACCCUCUACCAUAAGGCCAGCUUCCCCAGUUGCCAGAUCUCCAAGGCAGCCUGUGCGUGGCUACCACCGUGGGGCCGUAGGUGGCACUUUUGACCGCUUGCACAAUGCCCACAAAGUGUUGCUCAGUGUUGCGUGUGUACUGGCCCAGGAGCAGCUUGUGGUGGGAGUAGCGGACAAAGAUCUGUUGAAGAGCAAGUUGCUUCCCGAGCUGCUCCAGCCUUAUGAAGAGCGUGUGGAGCAUCUGACUGAGUUCCUGGUGGACAUCAAGCCCUCCCUGGCUUUUGAACUCAUCCCCCUGCUGGAUCCCUAUGGGCCUGCUGGGUCUGACCCCACCUUGGAGUUCCUGGUGGUCAGCGAGGAGACCUACCGUGGGGGGAUGGCCGUCAACCGCUUCCGCCUUGAGAAUGGCAAAGAGGAACUUGCCUUAUACCAGAUACAGCUGCUGAAGGACCAGAGUCACAAUGAAAACGAGGAGGACAAGGUCAGCUCCUCCAGCUUUCGCCAGCGGAUUCUGGGAAACCUGCUUCAGCCUCCAAAUGAGAGGCCAGAACUCCCCUCCGGACUCUAUGUGCUCGGGCUGACCGGCAUCAGCGGCUCUGGGAAAAGCUCAGUGGCUCAGCGGCUGAGGAGCCUGGGAGCGUACGUCAUUGACAGCGAUCAUCUGGGCCACCGGGCCUACGCCCCUGGGGGCCCUGCCUACCAGCCUGUGGUGGAGGCCUUCGGAACAGAUAUUCUCCAUAAAGACGGCACUAUCAACAGGAAGGUCCUGGGCAGCCGGGUGUUUGGGAACAAGAAGCAGCUGAAGACCCUCACAGAUAUUAUGUGGCCAGUUAUCGCAAAGCUGGCCCGAGAGGAGAUGGAUGUGGCUGUGGCUAAGGGAAAGACCCUGUGUGUGAUUGAUGCUGCCAUGCUGCUUGAAGCUGGCUGGCAGAAUAUGGUGCACGAGGUGUGGACCAUCGUCAUCCCUGAGACUGAGGCUGUACGACGCAUCGUUGAGAGGGAUGGACUGAGUGAGGCGGCUGCUCAGAGCCGGCUGCAGAGCCAGAUGAGUGGGCAGCAGCUGGUAGAGCAGAGCCACGUGGUUCUGAGCACCUUGUGGGACUCACAUGUCACACAGCGCCAGGUGGAGAAAGCUUGGAAUCUUCUACAGAAGCGCCUCCCUAAGGCUGACCAGACCAGUAACUGACAGUGGAUUUCCUAUGGCCCUUGGAACUAGCAAAUCUAAUGGUGAGGAGAAAUGGGGGCCUCAGUGUUUACCCUAUAUCAGGCCUCAGGGGCUUCACGCUAAGCUGUGCAGGACACAGAAAAAAAGCUUGGAAGUCCACCUAGCAUGCUGGAAUUUGGCCAGCAAUGAGGACACAGUUAAUGGGGAGUGGCCCCCUCUCCGGUUCGGUUCACUUUUUGGUGGUGAUGUGAUGACUACCUAGUGUUGAUGGGCUUGAUGAAGACUGGACCCAGUAACUGAAUUAAAGAUGUUUCCAAGGGA